UAUGUAACUAUGCUGUUGAUGAUGAUGAUGUAUCUCAAAAUUACUUAAGUUACCUCUUUUAAUACAAUAUAUAUUGUAACAAUUGUAACUGCAACAAUUUAAAGUAUAUUUUAUUAAUAUGAAUUUAGUUUUAUUUGUCUAAUGUGUUAAAAUUUUGUCCAAUUAUAUUAUUUUUUUCUCUGUGUGCUUUUGAUUUUCAAAAUGGAACAUAUUAAAACUCCAAAAGUUCUGCAAAUUGUUUGUUUUCUUGUAGUUUCCACAGUAGACUUAACCCAUGGUUGUUGUGCAUGCUUUUGUAGGACAUGCAGUGACUUGUGUAUUUAAAACCAUAUCAUACACAGUUGUAUGGCUCAGAACGACAGGUUCGUAUCGCCAAUCGGCUUCCGUCUGUAUCGUUUGUCAUCAGCACCUGGAUCGUAUUCGCUGUUUUGCCGAUUCAGGUCGUGGCUUCAGCGUGAGGCUGCGAUGGCCAGAGUAGCCAGGCAACAGCAACAAGACGGUUCGGUCAUUAAAAAGAUUGAAAAUGUUCGAAUGCUAGAUCGUUACAAUUCAAAAAAAACAUUGGUAGGCACAUUAUAUUUAACUGCUACUCAUUUAAUAUUUUUUGAUCCAGAAAACAAAAAAGAAUCAUGGGUGUUAUUAAUGCAUAUUGGAAAUGUAGAAAAACUUCCUUUAACUACGACUGGAAGUCCAAUUCUUAUUCGUUGUAAGACAUUUUUGUCAGUAACAUUUGUCAUUCCGAAAGAAAGAGAUUCACACAAUAUUUUUACUUCAUUACUAGUUUUAUGUCAACCUGUAAAAAUUGAAGAUCUUUACUGUUUUUUAUAUAAAUCUAAUUCUGAUAAAAUUUCAAAAAGUGCUGGAUGGGAAAGCUUUAAUUUGGAAAAUGAGUAUAAACGUAUGAAUGUGCCAAAUGAAACUUGGAGUUUAACAACUUUAAAUCAAGAUUAUGAACUAUGUGAUACUUACCCUAAGUUCCUCUUUGUACCAUCAUCAGUGAGUACAUCAAUUUUAUUAGGAAGCUCUAAAUUUAGGAGUAAAGAACGUUUGCCAGUCCUUACAUAUUUGCAUAGAAAUAAGGCUGCCAUUUGUCGUUGUGCACAACCACUUUCUGGAUUUAAUGCUAGAUGUUUGGAAGAUGAACAACUUUUAAACUGCAUACUUCAUACAAAUCCAGGCAGCAAGUAUAUGUAUGUUGUUGAUACAAGACCCAAGAUAAAUGCAAUGGCAAAUCGAGCAACAGGAAAAGGUUAUGAAAAUGAAAAUUUUUAUGAAAAUAUUAAAUUUAAUUUUCUUGGGAUAGAAAAUAUUCAUGUAAUGAGAAGUAGUCUAUCAAAAGUUGUAGAUUUGUGUGAGCAAAGAAAUUUAUCUAUGUCUCAGUUUAUUGGUGGGUUAGAAAAUAGUGGGUGGUUGCGUCAUAUAAAAACAAUUCUUGAUACAUCAGCAUUUAUAUGUCAAGCUAUUGAUGGUGGAAAGUCAGUUGUUGUUCAUUGUUCAGAUGGUUGGGAUAGAACUGCUCAAGUCUGUUCACUUGCAUCACUUAUGUUGGAUCCAUAUUACAGAACUCUCAAAGGAUUUCAAGCACUUAUUGAAAAAGAUUGGCUAUCUUUUGGUCAUAAAUUUACUGAUCGAUGUGGCCAUAUUGCUGGUGAUCCUAAAGAAGUUUCGCCUGUUUUUACUCAAUUUGUAGAAUCAACAUGGCAACUCACUAUGAUUCAGCCAACAUCUUUUGAAUUUAAUGAGCGGUUUUUAUUAGUCCUUCAUGAUCAUGUAUCAUCUUGUCAGUAUGGAACUUUUAUUGGAAACUGUGAAAAAGAGCGUGCUGAUUUAAAAUUGAAGGAACGUACAUUUUCAUUUUGGGGUUACGUGGAAGAACAUAAAAAAGAAUUUAUAAACCCUUUACAUAUUGAAAAUCCCAAAACUAUGCAUCCAGAUUUAUCCCCUCAAAAUAUAAGGUUUUGGAGAGGCAUGUAUUGUAGAUUUGAAAAUGGUGUUCAUCCCCGUGAACAUGUCUAUGAUAUUUUAUUAGCAACUAGUGAACAAACUAAAUCACUGGAUGAUCAUGUUAAGUUUUUGCAGAAAAGAUUGUCAUACUUUAAACGUAAACUCUCUGAUGGUGCAGACAUGGUUCGUAAUAGCUUGUUUUCAAAAGAAACAUGCAUAGAGCCAAUGAGCUAUAAUAAAGAAAGCAAUGUUUUAAAUUCAAUGAAUGACACAUUUAGUAGUCUAACAGUGCUGGAACCAAAACUAGAUGAAUCCCAUAAAGUUGCUAUUGAAUGGAAAAGCUUGAGAGAAACAGUGGCAUGUGAAUGUUCUACUCGUUUUGAUUCUUCUACCAAAAAAUAUCACUGUUGGAAAUGUGGAAAUGUUUUUUGUCAUCGAUGUAUUGAUAUGAAUGUAUCUUUACCUGGACAUCUUAGUCAAGAGCCAGUUCCUGUUUGUCAAGGCUGUUAUAAAAUUAUUUCAAGAUCAUCAACAGAAUCAUCCUGAUUUAUACUUUUUUAGUUUAUCAUUUAUAUAAAAUAAUUUUAUAAGUAGAAAUGUAUAUACAAAGUCAUGAAAUAAGUUUUAAUAAUUUAUAAUCUUGCUCUUCAAUAACUUCCUUUAUACAAAACCAAAUUUUUAACUAUAAAUUAUUAUAAUAGCGUUAAUAAUUUCUUUAUAAUUUUUUUUAAUUUAAAAAAUCGACAGUACAACUUUUACUAUUUAAGCACAAUAUAUUUCUUAAGAAUAAUACAUUUAAAGUAUUUUAUUUUAUAUAACUAUUAUUUAAAAAUAAAUACAUUUGAUUAAAUGUUA